GUAGGUGUGACGCACACGAGGCCUGCUGGUUACUUAGAUCCUGUCAUGCGUUGAGGAUAGAAGGGAUUUCGAAAUAAGCAGUGACGAACCGGGUUGUGUAUUGAAAGCCUGGUGUAGGUAUUGUGCUGCGUUAUGCUCCACUGUGUCCUCACGGGUCACAGGUCACAGGCGGGAAGGUCGGUUGUACCUCUACAUCCGGGAUCUAGGCAACCCAAGUGGGUGAAUGUCGGAUAUCUAGACGCUGAUAACCAUGAUUUCCCUGAAGUUUUUGUGGAUUAUUCUACCUUUUAUCACCGCCUCGUAUGCUUUCGAAGUGUGUUAUGAGAGGAGUAGCUACAGUUCGAGCAUAAAGAGCAUCUACUGCUCAGAUUCGUGUUGUGGAUCAACCUACAACAGAUACUGCUGUACAAGCUACUCGAGUACAGGUGUAUACACGGGGAGCGGGUUUGGGAGCCUGGCUCUCAUCGCCGUGAUUGUAACAUGUAUCUGCUGCUGUAGGCGAUCACGGACACAGGGUCGCUUGAUGACCACCAACCAACUUGCUGUCAUAUCAACAGGCACAGUAAACACAACAACCGUCAACCAAGGCUACAACUAUCCAGCUCAACCCCCAAUCUACUACCCCCAACCAACAGCAAUGGCACAGCCACCCCCAUCGUAUUCCACCGUCAUGGCGGGACAACCCAGUUCCCCGAUGGCGGGGCCACAAUAUCCACCGAUGCCUCUGCCACCAUAUUCCCCAACGGCAGCAACGGCCGCUCCCUUACAAAAUGGACCACCUGAUUCCAAAUCUUCGGCUCCCCCUCCAGACGAGCACGCAUACACACCUUUAGCAUAAUUCGGGGUGUGGAAACGAAGAUAAUAAUGAUUUAAAACUAAAUGAAGUGAGUACUAUGAGCCAUGGUACGUAUACUCUCUUACAGUUUGAUAUAUGUAUUAAUUACGUAUACGUAUUAAAUCUGCAGUUUUAGCUUUAUGCUCAGGAGACAAUAUGCAUGACUACUGAGAAUCAUUCCAGAUGUCUCAUUUUAUAUUCGUUGGCUGGGUGAUCAACAGCAAGGAAUAUUGAGAGAUUUAUUAAGUAAGAUCUGACCAAUUUGAUCAUUUAUAGUAUUUCACACCGGCUAUGUGCAUUGAUCAAAUACUAGUUUUAAUUUCCUGUUGGAAAGUUACAUGUUUUGACGUUUUUUUAAAGAAAUUAAUAAAUAUUGCAUUUGUUGUCAACUAUUGCGAUUAGUAUUUCAACAUUUUAUAUGUACAUAUACUUGUCCAUAUUUACGGACAUGAAUUUGUGGUUCUCGAAUACUGGUGUUUAAUCGGAAUGACAUAUUUAACAUAUAACCUGGAAGCACAAUAUUUCCACAUAAGGAAUUCAAACAGACAUAUUCAGUUCUUGCACAUCCAUGUAUUCAAACACAUAAUAUCGUAUAAUCGACAAGAAAAGAAGAAUGAUUAGUCUACUUCCGGUAGAGCAGGAAAUGCUUACCCUUUUCGCGAACACCUUGUGUCAUCACGGAUCUUCAGUGAUCAGUUAAAUUAAAUUCAUUACCAUGUUGCCUUUAACGCGCCAUGCAAUAUGUUUCGGCAUAUUGUCGAGAUUGAUAACCCUCUGGCGUUUUUUUUUUUUAAUUCUUCAUGUAUGUGGACACUCGUGGUUCAAAUGACAAAGUUCCAAAACAAAUUAGGGAACGACAUGUUGCACACAGUAUGUAUGGUAUUUGAUCACAACAGACACGUAGUCUCCGCAAGGAGAGGUUUAUAAAUGGUGCUAGUCCUGAUAUGAAAUCCCCAUCCAGAUCACUUGUUCUCUCUGAUAAUCCCAAUCAAAGACCAGACCUCACUACGCAAACAACUAAGGUACACCCGAGCCAACUGUGUGAACCGUGUCAUUUUCACCAUCUCUAGAGCGUCUGAAACAUGGUCUGUUAGUAGGAGGUGAUGCCAUAUUGAAACAAGAGGCUUGAAGAUGCAAUGUUUAAGGCGGCAUGGAAGAUUGUCAGAAGCAAUUAAAGACGUUAAUGAACCUCUAUUUACCGGAAUUUCAAUGAACACAUUUAAGAUAUUUUACAUUUACUUAGUUUAUAUAAAUAGUUAAAAUGAAUAUAUCACCUAAAUUAGUUGCAUUAUGAAUUGGUAUUUCAUGUAAAUGCUACCCAGGUCAUUUUGCCAUCGUUGAAUACCUUAUGUCACAUUCGUAGUUCCCAUAUUUUCUUCGUAAAGGUAGGCAUCGAGCGAUACCCAGAGACUGGAGGACCAUAUGUGAAUUAAGUACUGAAUUGGAAACUCCCUUUCUGUGCACGAUACAAAUCAAUGCGUUAUGACUACCAGCCAUUUUUAGAACAAAACAGUGACGGUAAACACGAUAACCAUAAUAUAACCCCAACGGUGGGAUAAGCAACACUUAGAUUGAAAGUUCUAUGUUUACGUUUAACACACCCUGACCUUAAUUAAACUUGAUCAAAUUUGCAUGAGGUUUUACCUUGUGACUGACCAUUGAUGAACACUGUCCUAAGAACCCGAAUCUCCUAUGUUGAAGUAAUUAUAUCGCUUUUCAUUAAACAUUCAGUUCGUUUGACCUAGUGACACUGGCCUGUUAUUUACACGUGUUUAUGCAAUGGUAUGUUAAAUGAUAACGUGUAAUGUGAGAAACAUACAAGAAUAGUGUAGCAUGUCUGGAGAUUCGCGGAUGUAUGCCCUGCGGAAACAAUGCUAGUAAUUCAGUAUCAAUUGAACAUAUCAUUCAUAUUUGUAAAUAUGUAUAUUGUUUAUAUCCAUACUUUCUAUGUUCAUGAAGAUGACAACCACAUGAGGUGCAUGUGAGAAUAGGAUGUACAUUAUAAUAAAUAGUAUGUCCAUCUGUGAUGUUUUAAUUUACAAUAUCGUGAUAGUUUCUUUAACUUAAAUCUCCUCUCAUUGUCAUUAAAGCUAACAUGUACUCUGUUAUAUUUUGGCAGAUGUAGGAAUAUGCUCUCUUAAGAUAUAUAUUUUUUAAUGAAAUGUAAUUUUAACAAAUUGUUAUUCUGCCUUUAAUUUAUUUUCUUUACAACAGUUGUGGUGAGAUUCUAUUUUGUUAUACAUGGUAUUGUGCAGCAGUUUGAAAAGGAAAGAAAGGUGUAGAUGCAUCUGACCUUUUUGCCCCGAUACACACAAAAUGGGCCGGGUAAACAAAUGGCCUUUUGAUUACACAAUUAUACGAUUCGUCUUAUUUUUAAGCCAUAUUGUCCAUAUCAUCAUCACAAUAAUUAAAGUUAAGGUUAUCAAUACAUGUAUAAGAUUCACAUCUGUCUGUGAGUUUAAAUUUGAUACAAUCCUCCCAGGCUAUUUGUACAAUAAAAAAGUAUUCGUAAGUUGAA